CAUUUGGAAAUACCAUCAAGAAGAUCAGUAAUGAGAGCAGUUUUGAGUGAAGAAACCGAGAUGAAGACUGAAAUCUACAAGCUGACUCAACGUGCUAGGAAAAUCAACAUAACCUCUGACAUUUGGUCACAGAAAGGCUGCACAAAUUCUUAUUUGGGAGUUACAGCCCACUUCUUCGACCCUGAAAGGAAAGAGUUAAUCUACCUAACCCUAGCAGUACGUGAAUUUCGCAACCCACAUACAGGAGAAUUCAUUGCUGAGGAAUUGACAAACAUCUUGGAUGAGUUCGGCGUCUCAGAUAAACUGUUUUAUCUAGUCUCAGAUAAUGGCAGUAAUAUUGUAAAAGCCGCAAGAAUGCUAAAGGCAAAAGGGGAUAAAGAAGCCAUUGAAGAAGAUCUUCCCUCUGCAAUUCAUAAAUGGAAAGCCAUUGAUUGUUUUUUUGACGAGGAAGAUCUUGAGGAUGAGGAAGAUGAGGACGAACUACAGAUGGUGAAUCAGGAAGAUAUUGACGAGUAUGAUUCAAGAACAGAGACUAUUCAGAAGAACUUUCAGACGAUGCUCAACAACCGAAUCGGGUGUUUCAGUCACUCCAUGCAGUUGUGCAUCAUUUCUGCUCUUCAAAGUGAUGUAACCUUUUCAACCGCAUUUGCGAAAGCGCAGACAAUAUCCAGAUAAUAUUCAUGCUCAACAAAAGCCAAGG